CCGGCGCCGUCCCUCGGGAGGAGUGGAGUGAGGGGUCCACUGCGGCCUCCUCCCCUCCCGAGGGGAAGGGGGCGGCUGCCGCCCCCGGUGCGGGUCCCUCGGGAAGGGGCUGGCGGGGCAGCCCCAGCCGCCCGUGUUUCUCCUCUCCAAGCAAGGAACCGGUGGGCUUGUGCCCGCCCUGCGGCGCUGAGGAGGAGGUGGCGGCAAGGACUGCCCGAGCGGUGCUCGCUCUCCUAAUUUCCUCCUAAUUCUCUGUGCUGGUGAAUUGGCUAGUAGAAGGGCAAAGGGGUGAAGGAAAAAUGAUUGCGGUUUUGGUGCCCUUUCGCGACUGAAAGGCAUUCCAGACGCGGUGGCUGCGACCUGAGGCGUUUAAAACCAGCGCCCGAGGACGUGGUGUCGCCUCAGAGCUGCAGGUUGUAGCCCGUGUUGAGAACUUGACAACUGGGCUGCAUCGUGGCCAGCAGGGCGAGGGAGGGGAUUCUGCCACUCUGCUCCACGCUGGUGAGACCCUACCUGGGGUACCGCCUCCAGCUCUGGGGCCCCCAACAUCAGAAGGACAUGGACCAGUUGGAGCGGGUCCUGAGGAAGCCACAAAAAUGCUCAGAGGGCUGGAGCACCUCUGCUGUGAGGACAGCCUGAGAGAGUUGGGGUUGUUCAGCCUGGAGAAGAGAAGGCUCCAUGGAGACCUUACAGCAGCCUUCUGAAAAAAAUCAGGAGGCUGAUGUAGAAGAAGCACCAACUGUUCAUCCUGUUGAGAUGUCGUGUAGUCCAUCAUCAAGAGAACCAGCACGUUCCAACUGUGAGAUACAGGGAGCUGCAAAAAUGAGGAAAAAUGACGCUACUUCCAGACAUCUGGUUCCUCUUUCUGAUGAUAAUGAAAAUGAACAGUCAAAAUCUAUUCAAAGAAAGAGAGUGCUUCCGUCUUGGAUGCUGGAAAGAGAUCUCCUGGUUCAGAGGAUUUCUGAGCCUGUAAUGAAAGGAGGUAGUAGAAUGAAAAAAUGCCAAGGAAGGGGAGAAAGUAAUAUGGACUCAUUAAAAUCAGAAGUAAAUGUGCAGCAGAAAAAAAGAUUAGCUUCUGAAGAAACUGUAGAGGAUUUUGAAGGUGAAGAGCAAGAUCAAGGGAAAAGGAGCUGUCUUUCCAUCCCUGCCCCUUCAUCUCAGAAUACAUCUGGAUUUCCCCUUGAGAGUACCGUGAGAAAAAUGGAAGAAAAUGGCAAGACUGGAACAAAAACCCCUGGAAGUUCUCUGGAAAAAAAUGGUAGGCAGCUGCAUAGUAAAUGUUCUAAAAGAAUAGGUCAGAUCUCCAGUAAAACAAAUGUAACUGAGGAAACAGAAAACAAAGAGCAGAUUACUGGUUCUACAAGCCAACAAGCUCACUGGGGCAGGACUUACCAAAAUUUUGGUGCCCAGGAAGGGAUUCUUGAGCCUGAUGCAAAUCUGGAUUACGAGACUGAAAUUUCUGAUUCAACCAGAAGUGCAGAUGCUUCAGAAAGCUCCAAACAGAUCAAGCGUAAGAGGACACCUUGCAUGUAUGGAACAGGCUGUUACAGGAAGAAUCCCAUUCACUUCCAGCAGUUCAGUCACCCUAAUGAUGAUGACUAUCAUGAAACGGAGAUCGUAACUCAGGGUAACAAUGAUAACCGGCCUGAAUGUCCAUAUGGAAUGGCUUGUUAUAGGAAGAACCCACAGCACAAGCUAGAAUACAAGCACAGUGCACCUCCAGUAACCGAAAGAAGAACCCGACAACGGACUUCAAAAAAUGGAAGAAGGGCUGUGGAGAAAGACAGUGCCAAUGAUGAUGAACCAAAUGAAUAUGACCUUAACGACAGCUUUAUAGAUGAUGAGGAAGAGGAGUGUGAACCUACUGAUGAAGACUCUGACUGGGAACCAAGUUCAGAAGACAAGGAUAACGAAGAUGUUGAAACGCUUUUGCAAGAAGCACAUAGAUUUGUUAAGACCAAAAAGUAGCUGCAGGGGAACAACAUUAUGAAUGUCCAGUCUGAUUCUGCUAAAACAUGGAUGUGCAAGGAAAGGAAUUGCUUGGAAAACUGUUUUUUUCCUCAGUGAUGUAGGCACUAUAGGAAGAUUUUAAUGGGGUCGAGGGGAUUCAGCAAUGCCUCUCUUGUCCAUAUGUAUUAUUUUGGUGGGGUUUUUUUGUUUUAUUAAGUGGUGGAGGCAGAGGACUGAGCUCUGGAAGUUUUUGUUUUUUCUCAUCUAUUUCUUUUGCAACACCAUUGGUGUCUCAUAGUUUGAAAUACAAUUUUAAAGAUUGUUAAUGCUUCCUCUUCCUGUGCUUGAAAGAAAUACUGGCAUUAGGAAAGCCAUUUGUUUUGCUAAAACACAAUAUAUUCUGUGUUGAAUUAAGAGGAGUUACACGUCACACUUGCAGUAUCACAGGCUAACUCUUGGGCAUUGCAGGAGAAUCCGUCUAAACCAUUUUUUAAUGUUGUUUUGAGUUAGUGCAGUCUUAAACUUCAUUAGUCUGCUACUAGCUGUCCUUUUAGGUGUCAUUUCUUUGAUUCUCUUGAUGUACAGUGGUUAAAUACAGGUUGUCUAAAUCACGUGAGAAGAGUAUCUCAGUGUAUUGAACCACUUGGUUGCCUCAAUAAUUUUGGUGUAUUUGCUCUAAUUACAGUAGUAGCUCUUUCCAUGCCUGUACAUCACUGGAAUUGUGUUCAGUUCAUAAUAAAGCUGAAGUCUUGAUGACUGUAUUUUUGCACAAUUAAACUUGUAACAUACCGUGG